AACGGUUUGCCAUCAUCGCCGCGCCCUGACCAGCGAUAGUACAGGAUACCCAGCCAUCGAUAGCAGCACCGAUACCACUCCCAGUCGAUAGCAAGGCGUAUCGAUUUGGCCGAUGCACAAUGAGCGCCGAAGGCGAGAACGGAACACAGCUGAGGCGCGAUCUAAACGAACUUGUUGAAUGGUUCCAACAAAAUGAAAAGCUGCCGCAAGAGAUUGAUCCCCUGCUGCUGCGUCGCUUCUAUCAGUGCAUGUACGGGGACGUGGAGGAGACCAAGAAGCUCAUCGAGGUGAAUUACUCGCUGCGCAACCGCCAUCCGCAUCUGUUCAUCAAGCGGGAUCCACUGGACGAUGACAGCAAGCGAACCUUUGAUUAUGCGGACAUACUGCCCCUGCCAGGCCUCACGCCAGAUGGCAGCAAGGUGUCGCUGUACUGCUUCCGGGAGUUUGAGGCCACAAAGAUGCAUCACACGGAAGACACGCGAGCAUUUUUCAUGGUCGCCGACUGUCGCUUUGUCACGCCGGACGAUGCAGCCCGACCGAACAUUCUGUCCGAGGGCGAGGUGCAAAUCUUUGACAUGAAGGGCACCACAAUGCGGCACAUUUCGCGGCUGACCAUCAGCACGCUGCGUGCAUACAUCAAGUUCCUGCAGGUGGCGUUUCCAGUACGCCUUCGGGCCAUUCACAUGGUCAACUGUCCAUCGUAUCUCGAUCGAAUCGUGAGCGUGGUGAAGCCCUUCAUCAGCGAUGAGGUUUUCAAGUUGAUACGCUUUCAUACAGUCAGCAUGGAUUCGCUUUAUGCCUUUGUGCCACGCGAAAUGCUGCCGGAGGAGUACGGCGGCUCGGCUGGGUCGCUGGAAACGCUGCGAACCCACACAAAGAAGGCCUUGGUCGAGCAUCGCGAUUAUCUGAUGAACCCCAACCACUGGCUGGUGGAGAAGUCCGAGAAGCGUAACGGUCAUUCAUGGAGAAUUUUUCGAUAAAUUCCAAAUUUUGCUUCCUAUUUUUUUUCUUUUGUUUUUACAUAUUUGUAUAUUUUUAUAAGUG